AUGGCGCUCAAAGACAGUACCUUCGCUGUGCACGGCGUUCCCCCUGCCCAGGCUCCUUAUCCGAAGGCAGACCUUCAGGAUGCGUUCGCACCGUUCUGCAAUGAUCCCAAGGCUCCUUUGAAGAUGCUCAAGGUGGACGAGACGGCCCGCAACCUGGUGCAGACACAUGACAUCAAGAAGCUAGGCAUGAGCAAUGGUUUAGCGGCAGCCUGCGUGUCUGCGUGGAACUGUCACUACAACCUGGAGCUUAGCCCUGACGGACUGGCUGCACAUGUGAAUGCAAACGCUGAGAAGCUCCGCUCGAUAUUUGUCAACCACGAAGGCAAGAAGGACAUUCUCUUGCAUUAUCCUCGGUAUGGGGACUUGGACAAGCACUUGGGAGGAGAGGCAAGCUUCAACUGGCAGGACGUCAUUCGUGACUUCGCUUCCGCGGUCGGAGAGAGAACCAAGAGCAACGUUGGCAUCGUCAUGGAGUGCGACUUCAGUACGACGGGUCUCGUCGAGCUGACGGUCUCUCAGCUGGCUCUCAUGGACGCCAUGCAGCCCUACUUCAAUUAUUGCACGGAAUGCAUUUGCGGGAUCCCAAAGAUUACUCUUACGGGGACAGUCGAGGACUGGAAGAAGAUCCGCGCAAAAGCCGCGGCUCUGGCGGCCUAUGACCUGGACUGGUGGCUCCAGGAGCUUCUCCCCGUUCUCGACCACUUCGUCCCCGCCCGGGAGGGACGGCCUGACGUCACCUUCUGGCAGCGGAUCUGCCGACAGGACGGAGGGACGGUCACAGGCAUGGCCUAUAACAAGAUCCCGGAAUUCGUCAGCGGCUGGCUCUCCGUCUUCUUUCCGUACGACAGCCAAAACCGGAAGCGAGACCUGCGCUGGGACGCUCCAAAGCCUAUGCCGUGGCCCCCGAGAAGCAAAGUUGUGCCGCACGAUCCUGAAGCCUCUAAGGACCAGUCUGCGGAAUACGGGCUUCGCAUCUACAACACGGACUUCCCUUCCGGCGUCUCGAGCGCACCCAUCAACGUUAAACUUCGGAGGGGCGAGUCGCUUCAACUCAAACUGUUGGGAGGCUUUGUCGGCGUGGAACAAGACCCAGUGAUGCUGACUUUGAAGCCAGCAAUCUCUUGGUGCGCAGCGCAGUGCUUGCCACCUGCACCGCAGGCUGAGGUCUCUCCUUGGUCGUAA